CAUUCUGAGGCCGGAGCUGGGGUCGCCUACGUCGUCUCCUGCGCCGGGCUCAGCCUCGCUCCUGAUUGGCCACCCUCGGGGCCGCCCCCGGCCGCGCAACACCCUCGGGUACCCUCCCCAGGCUGUGGUGGAUACGCUGCCCUCUGCCUUCUUGAUCCCUGGCCCUUCCUCUGUCCCCUCCUUCUCUCCGACUACCGCAGUCCUUUCUGCCGCGCCUGCUCCCGGAGGAGCUCCCGGCUCGGUGAUGGGGUCUCGGGCCUCCACGUUACUGCGGGACGAAGAGCUUGAAGAGAUCAAGAAGGAAACUGGCUUUUCCCACAGUCAGAUCACCCGCCUCUACAGCCGGUUCACCAGCCUGGACAAAGGAGAGAAUGGGACUCUCAGCCGGGAAGACUUCCAGCGGAUUCCAGAACUUGCCAUCAACCCAUUGGGAGACCGGAUCAUCAAUGCCUUUUUUCCAGAGGGAGAGGACCAGGUAAACUUCCGUGGAUUCAUGAGAACUUUGGCUCAUUUCCGACCCAUUGAAGAUAAUGAAAAGAGUAAAGAUGUGAAUGGACCAGAACCCCUCAACAGCAGAAGCAACAAACUGCACUUUGCUUUUCGACUGUAUGAUUUGGAUAAAGAUGACAAGAUCUCCCGCGAUGAGCUGUUGCAGGUGCUACGCAUGAUGGUCGGAGUGAACAUCUCAGAUGAACAGCUGGGCAGCAUCGCAGACAGGACCAUCCAGGAGGCUGAUCAAGAUGGAGACAGCGCCAUAUCUUUCACAGAAUUUGUUAAGGUUUUGGAGAAGGUGGACGUAGAACAGAAAAUGAGCAUCCGAUUUCUUCACUAAAGGACUGAGACCAAACUAUUCCCUGCUGUCUAGUAUUUAAGAACUGGAACUUGGGAGUCCUCCUGUCCACCACCCCACCUCCACCCCAUCAUUCGCCUUCUCCCAAAGUACUACUGCUGUUGCAUGACAACCCCCAGUAUGUUCUGCCAACAUAAACUUGCCUUUGGUGUAUAAACAGGGCAUUACAGAAUGGUACACCUGGUCUGUAUCUGUUCCGUAUCGUUCGCCGGUUAUCUCCAUUUCUAAAUAUUUUCCCGACCCCAGCCCCACCCCUGUUCUGCUGCUGAAUACUCCAUGUGCAUCUCAUCUGAGAAAGUGAGAAACUGAAUCAGGUCAAGAACCUGCCAGCAUAGCUCUUUUACUGGAUGUAGACUAUGGCCACACUGCCUUCCUCCAGCAAGGCUUUGGCAUGCUCCCCUAUCCUUUUUAUGUGUUGCUUGCUUUCUGCUUCUCUUUUACCCAGUACAUCAUUCACUUAGCCUUUCAGUCUCCCUGCUUUUUAUUAAGCUUCAAUCUCCUCUGUUCUACUUAGCACCCCAAGCUAUGCCUGUUCAGUGUAUUUCUGACUUGGCAGGAUAGUUCGGUGGUCUAGCAGUUUUGAACUACCUUUACUCUUAAAUAGAUCUCUGGGAUGUUGCCUCUCCAGGAGCUUUUCAAUAACCAGCACUUCUGUCAGAAAACUGUGAUGGUCUCUUGGUCCCCUGCACUCAGCUUUGUCAUCAAAGGGCUGUGGGUUGAAGAUGUUCUUGAAAGGUGGUGGCCUUAGUGAGAGGGGUAGAGCACAGCCUUUCAGCUGACUUGCCCAGGUAGCUCUACCUCUGGCCUCUAAUGCUCAACGUACAUACCUACAUGGCUGCUCUUACUAGUACAGUGUUGACUUUUCAGAAAACAGCCAUAUGCCGACAGAUUUGCCUAGUUUGGGGAGACUGUUACCACUGGAAUGGCUGCUCUGGCAGUAUGCUUGGGGACUUUCUCAUGGCUGUUUGAACAGUGAGGCUGGACACCCUAAAAGCCUCAUGUAUUCCCACAUCUGCAGCAUGGUUUAUGCCUCAGUGUUAUGUGCCCUGGCAUAUUUUUCACUUCACAUUUCCAAAUAGAACGAUUAAUGUUACAGAAGUGCCUACUUAUCCCAGUCCAAAAGAUUUAAAGAUUGUCCUCAGUGUCUUGAAGUUUUGCACAAAAUACUUUAUGAAUUUUACACUUGUCAAAUGUUAAUGCUGGAAGCCAUAGUCAGCUCCCCUAAGACAGGUCCAGAGCUUUGAAUGUAUUGUAUCUUUAGUAGCCUGGUUACACUGAUUUCCUAGCUCCUCUCUUUGACUACUGCUAAUCCUUUUGAAACAAAGGGUCUGGCCCUGGUGGCACAACCUGAGGUGGCAUUACAGGCCUUUGCAUGAGCCAGAGCACAUUUUCUGCCUAAGUCAGUUUAGUAUGAACCUCAUUGAAUCAGGCUGUUGUCAUCCUAACAUCUGUCUUUAUGAGUCUGUUCAUCCUUAUAACUGCCCUUGGCUGAUUUUGUCUGGCUUAUUGCUUGUUUGCAUGUUUCCUUGCUUUGGAAGGCUAUCCAAGACGUAUAUACAGUACUUUAGGAAGGGAAUUACUAAAGGAAAAAAAAAAAAAGAAGAAGAAAGAAAGAAAGAAAUACCACUGCAAGGGAUUAGGAACAGUGGAGAACAGAGGAGUGGCCAGACUGGAAGACUCAAAUAUAAAUGACUGAAAAAUUCUUGGUGAAGUAUCAGUCUGACUGUAAUCGAGUAAGGUGGUAUAGGAAUCAUAAAAGGGAAGAUUUGUCCAACACUGAUUUGUUAGAGAGAUACUUCAAGGCUCCUUGACUUGCAUAUUUAAAGUUCCUAAAAUUAAUGGCUUUUUCCUCCUUUUGGCUGUAUAGCAAACUGUUUUAAUCCACAGUUGUGCCUUAUUGUUCCAUUAAAACUGUAUUCUCUGAUUCAUCAAUAAAUACUUGCAGUUAAAACAAUA